GUCUCUCCCCAGGAGCAUGGCAGGGGCCUUCCGUUCAAGGCAGUUUGGAGAUGUAUAGACUUCCAAUCAAGUUAAAGCAUUACCCUUUCAGUUUGCAGUGUUUAUAGCUAAUUAGCUAACCUCACCAGUAAAGUUAUUUUUUUUCUAGAAAAAUGGCCCUAGCAUUACCAGUGUUCUAUAACUCAUCUGCGGUUGACUACAUCCUGCAGCCAGCUUCCUUAUCGAACAACAAACCGCUGUAGGUUGCCUUCUACCAUCUCAGCAAACCUUUGCCUACAGAUGCCAAUAAGAUGGCUGCUCCUGUCCCAUGGGCCUGCUGUGCCGUGCUCGCUGCCGCUGCUGCCGUGGUCUACGCCCAGAGACACAGUCCACAGGAGACUCCCCACGUGCAGUAUGAGCGCCUGGGCUCAGACGUGACUCUGCCAUGUGGGACCGCCAGCUGGGACGCGGCGGUGACGUGGCGGGUGAAUGGCACAGACCUGGCCCCUGACCUGCUCAACGGCUCUCAGCUCGUGCUCCGGAGCCUGGAGCUGGGCCACGGCGGCCUCUACGCCUGCUUCCACCGCGACUCCUGGCACCUGCGCCACCAGGUGCUUCUCCAUGUGGGCUCCCCCAGGGCUGUCUUGUGUCCCUUCUUCUCUCCUGAGGGGAAGCCUGGAAUGUGUCUUCGGCCGGGAGUGCACCCUGAUCACCCCAGCAACCAGAGGACCCGGUGGAGCCCCCCACCCUUGACCUCUGUUGCAGUCUCCCUCUGGAGAUGGACGCAAGUGCCGCCGCGGGAGCCUGUGCUCAGCUGCCGCUCCAACACUUAUCCCAAGGGCUUCUACUGCAGCUGGCAUCUGCCCACUCCCACCUACAUCCCCAACACCUUCAAUGUGACUGUGCUGCACGGCUCCAAAAUAAUGGUCUGUGAGAAGGACCCGGCCGUCAAGAACCGUUGCCACAUCCGCUACAUGCACCUGUUCUCCACCGUCAAGUACAAGGUCUCGAUAAGUGUCAGCAAUGCCCUGGGCCACAAUGCCACAGCCAUCACCUUUGAUGAGUUCACCAUUGUGAAGCCUGACCCUCCGGAAAACGUGGUAGCCCGGCCAGUGCCCAGCAACCCUCGCCGGCUAGAGGUGACGUGGCAGACCCCGUCGACCUGGCCCGACCCCGAGUCCUUUCCUCUCAAGUUCUUUCUGCGCUAUCGACCCCUCAUCCUGGACCAGUGGCAGCAUGUGGAGCUGUCAGACGGCACAGCACACACCAUCACAGAUGCCUACGCUGGCAAGGAAUACAUCAUCCAGGUGGCGGCCAAGGACAACGAGAUUGGGACGUGGAGCGACUGGAGCGUGGCUGCCCACGCCACGCCCUGGACGGAGGAGCCACGACACCUGACCACUGAGGCCCAGGCCCCCGAGACCACGACCAGCACCACCAGCUCACUGGCACCCCCACCCACCACGAAGAUCUGUGACCCCGGGGAGCUGGGCAGCGGCGGGGCAGCCUCGGCGCCCUCCUUCGUCAGUGUCCCUGUUAUUCUGGCCCUGGCUGCCGCUGCCACCACUGCCAGCAGUCUCCUGAUCUGAGCCCGGCAUCCUGUGAGGACACGCCAGCGCACCUGCAGAGGAGCAGGAGGCCGGAGCUGAGCCCGAAGACCCCGGUUUCUAUUUUGCACACGGGCAGGAGAGCCUUCUGCAUUCUCUUCAGACACAAUUUGUAGAGACCCCGGCAGGCCCGGGCCUGCCGUCCCUCCCCUGGCCCCGCCACCCCAUGCCGGCCCACCUCCCUCCCUCACGGGAGGGGGCCAUGCAGCUAACCCACCCACCAAAGACCCCACCACUCGCCCCUAUCCUGCCCCCCUGGGGCUGGACCCUCCAACGCCAGCGACUCCCAGGAGCCCUUGGGGGGGCCUGAGGGGAGCCCCUCACAUCCAGUCUCUCCUCCUGUCCCCCCCUCCUGUCUGUCCCAGGGUCUCUGUUGCCACCAUCAGAUUAUAAGCUCCUGACGCUGGGGGGGCCCAGCCAUCCCCUUCCCCCCAGCGCCCACACUUUUCAGUCCCCCACCUCUGCCUGCCCCUGUUUUUGUACGACCCUCCACCUUUCUUGCUCCUACCCCACAGUAUUUAAUGCCCUGUCAGUCCCUUCUAGUCUGACUCAAU